CUUCUUACGGGUGUUUGGACAGGUGGAGUAUACUAUUCGAGAGCGAAAUAUUCGUGGAGCGUUGGGUUUACAUUCACCCCUGCGAUAUUGACACAGGCAUUAUCGGCAGAUAUAAGAAUAUUACGAAAGGAUCUGGAGAACGGGAAGCGCCGCAAUCGGACCGAUCAGAACCAGCCCCCGCUCCCCGCCCCACUCCAGGGAGUGGGUUGCCUCCGGAUUCGAUUGACAGCCGGGGACAGCAACCAGCUCUGCGGCCUGGAGUGGCUGAGCCAAUCAUAGGAGAGCAGGGGUGGGCCCGGAGCGCGGCAGCCACAUAUGCAGCGCGGGCGGAGCGGGCUGGCUCCUGUCUCACCUUGGGCAGCGCGCAUGGAGCAGCGCUGAAAACCGCUGCAGCAUCGGCAGGUGGAGCCGCGGGGAGCGGUGGUGUUGCUGCUGCCGCCAACGGGCGCCAGGUGCAUUCCCUUGCCCCUUGCAGUGCGUGCCCAGGUGCGUGGUAUCAUUGAUGGGAAAUCAAAUCGACCGGAUCACCCACCUGAACUACAGCGAGCUCCCCACGGGCGAUCCCUCGGGCAUCGAGAAGGACGAGCUGAGGGUGGGGGUGGCCUACUUCUUCUCGGACGACGAAGAUGAGCUGGACGAGCGGGCACCACAGCCCGAGAAGUUGUGGAGGGAGCCGAGCCCGUCCAGGGAGGGCACAGCGGCGGUGCUGCUGCUGGGUGAGCUGGAGUACUCUGCCUUCUGCUGCCACGAGUGCAUCUUCUCCAAGCUGGGUGGCAGCCAGGACCUCAGCGCCUACCCGGUGAGCGCGCUGCUGCCCAGGUGCCGGGCGGGCGACCUCCUGGAGCUGGCGCGCGGCGGCGGGCAGCCGGCUCACUGGGUGGUGUACGUGGGCGCCAGCCGGGUCGUCCACCUGCAGGGACAGGAGAUCCGCGAGGAGCACCUGGCGCAGGUGAGCGGAGGGCGCCUGGCGCGCAUCGUCAAUGGCUGGUACCGCUACCGGGCGCUGCCAGCCGAGCUGGUGGUGCAGAAUGCACGGGGCCACGUCGGCCUCCGGGGCCGCGAGGUGUGCUGGACCAACUCAGAGAGCUUCGCCGCCUGGUGCCGGUUCGGCAAGCGGGAAUUCAAGGCAGGCGGGGAGGCCCGGGGUGCAGGAGGGCAGGAAGGCGGGCAGGUGCAGGAGGGCCGCUACCUGCUCAAGCUGCACCUGCCUGACAGCAGGGUGCACACGCUCAACUUCCCCAGCCUGGAAGACCUGAUCAGGGAGAAGCGUCGCCAGGACGCUGGCGGCAAACUGGGAGUGCUGAAGGAGCUGUCGGUGCUGAACCAAAAAUAGCCAGCUUCCCCCGGGAGGAAGGAGGCAGAGCAAAGCUUUAUGCAGAAGGAAGGAGGUCGAUGGGAGCUCAAGGCCACACAAUGAGGUUGGACAUUCCUGGCAUGGACUCUUCCCUAGUGAGGGGCUGCACCUGUCCCCACCCGCCUCCCUCCAAGAGGAUACGGUCCCAGCACCUGCUGUGAAGUAGGAUGUGGAUUGGUUGUUAUCUUCUUCUGUGACUUGCCUUCAUUUGCGAAAAUGGUGAAGACAUUUGAGGUGUGAACUUAACAUGUGCAUUUUUCUAUCUGUCACUACUUACUCGGUCAUUUUGUGCCAAAUUUUAUGUCAUGAUUUUGUCCUGGACAUUACAAAUUUUCCAACCCAGAGCUGCUUUCAUUGUCCUUGGGAUGGCCUGUGUUGAGGAAUCCUUUUGUUCCAGUUUUGUUUGAUUUCUUGACAUUAAAUCGCAUUUUUUUUUUGUGUGAGUGUGUGUGGUUGCGGGUGGUAGGAUGGGGGGGGGGGGAAUGUGGUGGAUUGCAACUUCAGUGUUGUGACUACUAAACAUAUUGGUCAGUUUGAGGGGUUUACUCCUUCCAUGUCUAUUGAAGACAUAUUAAUGAAAUGGAAUAAACAGCACUCUUUUAUCGUUCAGAGAAAAGUUCCCAGAUAACCUGUGCGUUUGGAUGAAAGUGCUCUCAAGCCUUGGGGAUGGUCUAUCACUCAGAUCUUCUUUCACAGUUUGCAAAGCACUUUUGAAGUGACUGAGCAUUCUAAUACCUUUGCAUUUAGAGCAGACUCGAGGGCUCGUAAAUGCCACUCUUGCUGCUGUUCCUUCUGUGACCAUUUCAGAAACAGCAGCAUUGGUCAUGGAAAGCUUGUGGUGUGAAGUUUUUUGCUUAGGUUAUUGAGAAUUCUAAUCUAUUUCCCGUUUCUCAUAAAAACAAUAGUGAAUGCCCUACUACAUCAGUGGGAAUCAAUGGAUUGCAGGAAUCCUUAGGGAACUUUUUUAGGAAAUAUAAUUAAUGUAAGAAUGAGGCUUGUAAAUGUACAUGUGUGUGUGAUGUACCAUCUGUUUCCUUUUGUAUUUUCAUAUUUUUGCUUGGAAUGGGAUAGUGCGUACAAAAUCUGCUUACCCCUUACAAGUACUGCUCUUGAUUAACUUGCCAGGAGUCACUUCGGCCAAACUUUGUCUCCUCAAACUACUUGGAUAAGGCAGUGGAGAGAUGGGGGUGCUCACGUUAGAAUUGGAAGGUCUCAAUAGAAUUUUUUUAAAAAUAUUUCAUUAAUGGAAAUUCUAGGAUGUAAUGGCUUUAAAUAUAACCACUUCCAUGUUUUCUUUUAAUUUUUAUUUUCUAUUACAAUUAUUUUGUUAUAUUUGAAGGUGCAAUAUUAUCAUUGCUGUCACCAUUGUGCUGUUAAAGUGGAUUGUAAUAUGGCCACAGACCGGUUUGUCAGUCUUCAUGUACAACGUGAUUCAGACCAACUGCCAGUUGAAAUAGUAACAUGAAUAACCCAUGUCUUGUGAAAGAGCAGAGCUUCAUAUCUUCUUGCAGUUACAGGCAUUAGUAAGUGCACUAAAUACAGAGUAUAUACUUGCCUUUCGCUCUGGACAUUUUAUUGUGCAGGAUAACUUGAAAUGUGAUAAAUUUGCCAUUCAAAUACUGGCCAAAUAGUAAAAGAACUGUCAUUCA